CGAUUUGUUAACUUGUAAACUAGGUGUAGAUGGUAAAAUAUAAUAAAAGGCCGCGCGCACUGGAAACGCAACGGAAAACACAUAUUGGUCCUGUGCUAAAUCUCUGUUGUCUGAGUCAGCUGAUACUUUUGAAGCAAAUGGGGAAACUAUAUGCUUCUGUGAGAUGCUGGUGUCAAGGCCAUGACGACAAGCUGGAACAAGAAAAACUGUGUUAACAAGUUAUGGUUAAUCAUUUCAAAUACAGAUGCCAUCUCAUCCAUGGAUGUGGCUUCCUUGAUCAAGGAUAUUAUGGAGGAAAUUUGCAGAUAUCCUUUAAAGAAGCUGAAUGAAUAGACUCUUUGCAAUCUCAAAGCCUUACAAACAAUGAACAUAAUAGGUAUGACCCAUCUGCUGAUUGCUUAAGACUGUCUUAAAUCAGUUAAAUUAGCUGCUCAAGUGAUUUGUGUGCCAGCAUUUCCAUAGCAUUAGCUCCUUGAAGCAGAGUGAUUUCCAUAACAUUUGCAUUCUGCUUAAUAAUUCUGAGUUGUAGUCCAUUGGACCAAGUUGCCUGUGGUAUCAUUAAGAUUAGUUUCAUUAAGAGUUUCUUAAAAGUAGAAAUUUAGCCUGCCAAGGUUUGUUCAGCAAGAGAGACGAUUGUUUUCAAUAUGUCCUACUCUUUAGUUGAUUUUACUUGUUCUCAAGAGUCUGCUGGAGGUGGAGAUGCCUUUAUCUGCACAGAAUGUGGUGAAGGAUUUGGCCAUUACACAAAAUUGGUAAAUCACAUGGCCAUGCAUGGAUCUUUGGAUUCCUUCCCCUUUAAUGGAUCAACCAAUGGUAAUAGUUCUGAUGUACCCAUUGAGUUAGCCCUCCAUGAAAAUGGAACACUAACAGUUGUGGACAAAUCUGCACUAUCAAAUUUCUCCUUUUUAUUUGGAAAACCUUCACCAAAUGUGCCUUGGUGGCAUGAAUCCUCAUCUUAUCGGGAGUGUUUUUCCCCAGUGAAGACAGCAGAAAAAGACCGCACCCUUUAUAAAUGUGAGCAAUGUGGCCAAGCAUUCAAAAGCAAGUUGAGUUUACAACAGCAUCAGCAGUACCGUUCUCUUGAGCAAGGGUUUAAAUGCACCCUGUGCUGCAAGGUCUUUAAUGACCGACAAGGUCUACGUGAGCACCUUCAAAGUCAUGCCCAUGAACGGUUCUAUAGCUGUGGUCACUGUGGGAAACGAUUUCUAAAACAAGAGACUUUACACACUCACCAAAAAGAAUGGCAUGGAUCUUUUGGGUCCAAGAGUAAACUUGAGUAUCAUCAAGAAAACAGUAUUGACAAGUCUUAUCCUUGCAAAAAGUGUGGACUACGAUUCUUCUGGUUGUCUGAUUUGCAGAGCCAUCUAAUCAGUCAUUCCCAUAUCACGCAGCUAUCUGCUGAAACCACACCACGUUCUCAAAAACAUGAGAAAAUUAAUGUGAGGGAACGUAAAAAUGCCAUAUGUUCUCAGGGAAGUUAUUCUGAGAGAAGUUAUCGCUGUGGUAUCUGUGGGGAUCGCUUCCAUCAGUUGACAGACCUAAAGAAACAUCAUCUUACUCAUGAAAGUGAAGAAGGAAAGAAUGACGACGAUGAUGGUGACAGUGAUGAUGAUGUUGAUGAUGAUGAGGAAGAAGAAUUACCCAGAUCACAACGGGUUAGGCGGAGCAGUGUCUAUGGUAAUGCCCGUCCCAUAUCACCAAAAGGCCAAAUGCAACGAAUAGAUCCAUCCAGACCAAUCAGAGGUAGGCCACCACGUAGCAGACAUAACUAUGGAAAAAAAGUUUACCCAUGCAAACAUUGCCAUCGAGUAUUUGUGCACUCUAGCAGUUUAUCUCGUCAUAUGCGAUAUCACAAGGGAACUCUUCAUACAUGUGUUUAUUGUGGGAGACGCUUUCCACAACGCUGUGAUGUCAGAAGGCAUGUAAUUAUGUAUCACGGGUCAGAAUUGGCAGAACCUCAGCCUACGAUUGAGAAUGAAGUGGCAGAGAGUAGAAAUGCAGGGAAGGAAACUGAUGAGAAGAGCAUUGAGGUUGAGGAAGAAAAUCAUGAAGGCGAAGAGGAGCAGUCCUCAGAUAACAAAGAAGUAUCUUCUCUGAAGUCACGUGGGACAUACAAAUGUCGAGACUGUUUCAGAGUUUUUGGACUCCUCAGUGUUUAUCAGCGACAUGUACGUUACCACAAGAGAGAACCAGCACGUCAGUUGCACAGGUGUCCUCACUGUCCAUGCCGCUUCUCAUUCCGGUCUGCUCUUGAGCGCCAUCUAGAAAAUCAUGAAAAAGAGGCCUCUGGAGAAAUUGUAAAGAAAAGGUCUCCAGCUGUUAAUGCCAGUAUUGAUGAUAACUUGGAACACGAAGAGGAGGAAACUGAGGAUGAAGAUAAUGAAUCAGGUGUGGAAACAAAAGAAAAUGGGUCAUCUGCAGUAUUGUAUGAAUGCACAGAAUGCACCCAGACAUUCUCUUGCCUUCAAACUUUCCUGCAACACCAGAGUGCUCAUGGAUGAGACAACUUUGGAUAACAUUCAUGCCAAACUGUUGAUAAGUCAAGUUGUAAAUUUUGUUGAGUUAUCUUGUCUGAUCUCUAAGAGAAUGUUUCCUUCUUUGAUAAAAAUUAAUUGAGGAACAUGUGUAAUUGAUAACUUCAUAGUGCUAGUUUACCAGCACAGAUUCUGUUCAGUAGCAUCCCACUCAGCUAUACAAGUUCAGUGCCCCACUAGUAUAUUGAAAUGCCCCAAGUUCAGCUGCCACUCAGAUCUAUGUUUUAUUUCUUUAUUUGAUUUUAUUUUUUUGCAUAAAUUCUCCCUUGUAUUGUGCAUGUGUAACCCCUCAUAAGGAAGUCAGCUUGAAGUCAGACAUCUCUGCCUUAUUUACACAUGGGAAGAGCAACUAGAUGAUUGUUAGCGCUUAUGCACGAUAAUGGAGCAUUAGUAAGCUUUCUAAAGUUCUCGAAAUAUUUCAAUCACACCCUCUCAAGGCCCACUUCCUGUUGAUACAUCAUUUUGCAUUUUGGAAUCUUUUUUGGAUGAGUCUUUGAUUGCAGUCCAUUUAGUUCAAGCAGCUGUGGCAGUGUUCAUAGUUCAGAAUAUCAUGACUACAAAAUUUGUUUAUUGCUUUUUGGUCAAAACCAUGAUAUGCUCCUUACCUCACCAAACAGCACACCGCUGGAAAAAUGUGGUUGUAAACUGUAUGUUUCAACCUUGUCAGUGCUGGGAGUGAGGGUUCUGAGCAAGUGGCUAUUUAUGGAUUCACUUGUUUGUAGCUUUUUCAGGACUGCAGUUUAUUCUGCAUAUAAGUAUUGUUUUCUCUCUUUUGCCUGCAGUUAACACUGGAUAAAGCCCUGUUUGAUGAAACACUGAAUGAGUUACUCUUGAUGAGAGAACUAUUUUAGAGUUUUAGGCAUUAAAAAUCUGAAUGGGUUUUCUGUUAUGGGAACGAAAACCUAAAAAUGGGUUUCCCGAUGUUUCAGUAUUGCCACACUUUGUGUACUCACUCCCUAGCCUUCAUUUCUCAAGAACUUGACUA